AUGGAAAGUGGUGAUUCAGAAGUCCCUCCAAACGUCGAAAUGCUUCACCCCGGUGGGCAGAUUAAUCAACGCACCCAUCGCUAUCCCCAUUGCGUUGUGUGGACACCUCUCCCCAUCAUUACCUGGCUUUUUCCUUUAAUCGGGCACGUCGGCAUCACUAACUCAAAAGGUGUAAUUUACGAUUUCGCUGGACCAUAUUAUAUCAGUGAGGAUAACAUGGCCUUCGGGUGGCCCACACGUUACCUCCAGCUGGAUAUGGAGUCCGUAGGUGGGGCGGAGAAUUGGGACAGAGCUGUGCAUGAAGCGAAUACGGAGUUUAAGGGACGCAUGCACAAUAUCUGCUGCAACAACUGCUAUUGUCACGUGGCUCUUGCUCUGAAUGAAAUGGGUUAUGGCGGAUCGACUACGUGGAAUAUGUACUCUUUUGGACUGAUGAUGGCUUUUCGAAGCAAAUUUCUAGGGUGA